CUGAUCUCUGGUCGAUCCCCAUUCCUUGUCUAGUGUUCCGAAAGGUCUUCGAUCCUUAGUCUUUCCUUAAUCGCCUCUAUUCUCCUCCUCUUCUUCUUCUAUCCUCCGCCGAGCAAUCCUCGUAACCCUACCGAGCUGAACUCCAGUAAGAGACUCAAGGCGGCUUUCUGUUCUUUCUCUGCAACUAACAGCGUUAUCGAGCCUGAAGAGAGCCGAGGCCUGUUCCAUCUUUCCGUCUUGCAGUGUGCCGCCAUGAGCUUCGACUUGGUGCUGAAGCCAUGCUGCAGUGGCUGCGGCUCGGCGUCCGACCUCUACGGGAGCGGUUGCAAGCACACCACGCUGUGUCUUUCAUGCGGCAAGAGCAUGGCGGCCAAUCGCGGCCGCUGCCAGCAUUGCGGCGCCUUCAUCACCCAAUUGAUCCGGGAGUACAAUGUACGGGCAAGUGCUAGCACUGAUAAGGCUUUCUAUAUUGGAAGGUAUGUCUCCGGCUUGCCUCCAUUUUCAAAGAAUAGUGCAGAAAAUAGGUGGUCUCUCCACAAAGAAGGUCUUCAGGGACGUCAACUAACUGACACUUUGCGGGAGAAAUACAAGAACAAACCGUGGAUAUUGGAAGAUGAAACUGGCCAGUUUCAGUUUCAGGGUCAAUUGGAGGGCUCACAAUCUUCAACUGCUACUUAUUUUCUGUUAAUGAUGCAAGGAAAGGAGUUUCUUGCUUUUCCAGCUGGUUCCUGGUACAAUUUUACCAAGAUUGCACAAUACAAACAAUUGACUUUAGAAGAGGCUGAAGAGAAAAUGAACAAAAGGAGGCAUAAUGCAACUGGAUAUGAGAGGUGGAUGAUGAAGGCAGCAAUUAAUGGCGCUGCUGCUUUUGGUGAAUUGAAGAAAAAUGAAGGUAUCACCAAAGCUGAGGCUGAGGGAAGCAAUAAAGCAAAGAAAGGGAAGAGCAAUGAUGAAGGAGAUCACUCUGACAAGGGCGAUGAAGAUGAGGAAGAAGAGGAGGCAAGAAAGAAUAGGCUUGGACUUAACAAAAAGGGUGUUGAUGAUGAUGAAGAAGGUGCUAAAGGAGGUGAUUUUGAUUUAGAUGAUGAUGACAUCGAAAAAGGUGAUGACUGGGAACAUGAAGAGACCUUCACAGAUGAUGAUGAAGCUGUCGGUAAUGAUCCUGAGGAAAGAGAAGAUUUAGCUCCCGAGAUUCCUGCUCCACCCGAAAUUAAGCAGGAUGAGGAGGAUGAGGAUGAAGAAGAUGGUGGUCUGAGUAAAUCAGGGAAGGAGUUAAAGAAACUGCUUGGAAAAGCUGCUGGAUUAAAUGAAUCUGAGGGUGAGGAGGAGGAAGAAGAAGAUGAUGAUGAUGAAAUUGGCAUGUCCCCUGUGUUAGCACCAAAACAAAAAGAUACUCCGAAGGAUGAACCAGUAGUAAGUACUCCCUCCAGGGCAACACCUCCCCCAGUAUCUGGCCGGUCCACUCCAUCUGCAUCUAAAUCAUCAAAAGCAAAGAGGAAACCUGGUAGCGACGAGAAGAGUAGUAGUAGUAAUAAUUCUGUGCCUGCAAAGAAGGUGAAGCUGGAAAAUUCAAUUGUUAAAGAUGAGCCUGUCAAUUCAUCUAAACCUAGUGUGUCCACAAAACCACCAUCUACAACUGCUAGACCUGGUUCAUCGACACCUUCUACAGCAGCAGUCACUGAGGAGGAAAUUAGAGCUGUUGUUGCUGCUGGUGGUCCUGUGACGACACAGGAUUUAGUUGCAAAAUUCAAAUCCAGACUGAAAGCUCCGGAGGACAAGAAAAUCUUUGCUGACAUUCUCCGCAGAAUAUCCAAGAUACAGAAGGUCAAUGGUCAUAACUACGUUGUGAUCAGAGACAAAUAGUCCUUCAAUAUCGCACUGAGCGAACGGAUUAGCACACACUGAUGCGUUGAAAAAUCUUUGGCUGAUGCAGUGUUUUCUAAAUUAUCUCCUCGGAUUUAUUGCUCUAUGGAUUAGUAUUUAAGCCCGAAAGGGUUAAACAAAAGGUUUCGAUUUUAUGAGUAAAUGCACUUGUGUAGUGUUUUCUUUUGUAUCACAGCUUUCUCUACUUUGAUCGAUAAAAUAUAUUUAUUGUCAGGA